GAGAGCGGUUCCGGAACAGUCAAAGAUCUGCUGCCAACAGGUUGUGGCCUCAGUGCGGUUCAUCCCUCUGUUGAUGGUUAAACCUGCUGUUCGGCGAUCGCGGAAAACGACUGUUUUCAUAGUGUGAGGCGAUCGUCAGCACCAACAAAACGUUUUCAUGAAGGGUAGACAUCAGUUUCGUAGGCGUUUCAGUCUGCAGCCUUCUUUCUUAAAAGAAGAACCAUCAGAGAAUGACAGGCGACAGAACUCCAGAUCUCCAGGCAGCGAGGAUGCAGAGUCGUUGGAGAAAAAUGACACGAUGGGACCACCUUCGGGCAGUUUCGUCAGACAUAAGAUAGUAGUUAUGGGUGCUGCUAAAGUAGGCAAGUCUUCCAUUAUCACCCAGUUUCUUUACGGCACCUUUUCGCCCAAAUAUAAACGAACGGUGGAGGAGAUGCACCAUGGUGAUUUCAAUGUGAACGGCGUUCAUUUGACGUUGGACAUUCUGGACACCGCUGGUUCUUUUGAAUUUCCCGCCAUGAGAGCCCUUUCGAUAUCAUCUGCAGAUGCCUUCAUUUUAGUCUACGACAUUACUGAUUCCUCGUCGUUCGAGGAAGCCAGGAUGUUGAGGGAUCAAAUUCAUGAGACCAAAGGUACUUCUAGUGUACCGAUCGUUUUAGUGGGGAAUAAAAUUGACCUUAUGGGAAAUAGAGAGAUUGACACCGCCACCACAGAGUCGGUUGUAACGGUUGAUUGGGAGAACGGCUUCGUAGAAACAUCGGCCAAGGAAAACAUAAAUGUUAGCAAAGUGUUCAAAGAACUUCUCGUCCAGGCCAAGCUGAAGUACAAUUUGAGUCCAGCUUUGCGCAGGAAACGCAGGCAGUCCCUUCCUCUCCAAUCAGGCGUACCACCGUCAACACCAUCCCAUAGCGCUAUGGUUCCUUCGGCUGUACAACUACAACAUCUACAAAACAUAAGGGAUCGUCACGGAAAGAGAAAUUCAUGCACAUUAUCUUAAGAAGAGUUGAAACCUCUUGGAAAAAACCCAGUAAAUCUCAUUCACGGAAGAAUACCAGCUGUUAAUUUUUUGUACAACUAACGGUUUCUUAUUUUACAUGGUUGAAUCUUAGCCAUCUAUGGAAGGUGCAGAUUAAAAAUCGUAAACUGAAAGUUCAGAGGGUUUUACAGUUUUAAUUUCGAAACAAAACACUCUUCUGAGUAGCCGGAUUGAAACUGACCUCUGAAAUUCUACUGGCCCAUCACUCAUUGCUGAAUGAUAAUUGGAAAUUUUCCAAAGACUGCUUGCGAAAGAUCUCAUUGUUUCUAAUUCUGCCUUGAAAAGUGUAAAAAAGCAAUAUUUCAUGCCUUCCUUGGUAGAUGGCUAUAGUUGAAUCAAUAGGGUACUCAGAAUUUUUCGUUUUGUUCAGAUAAUUUACUUACCUAAUUCCUAUAAUUUUCGAUAAGAGAAUUUUCAGUUAUCAACGAAUUGCUUAUGGAUAUUAGACUUAUGAAGCCAGACCCAGUUAAUUACUUUCUGUUACAACUGCUUAAAUUCUUCACUUCUGUUUCCAAACUUAUUCCUUUUUUUAUGAAAAAUCGAAUCAUAAAAUGUUUCAGGCCGAUUUUCUUGAAAACUGUGUUUUAUAAAUAUAGAGUUUUUGACUGAGGUGACCGUUCCUGAAGAACAAUCGACAAGAAUUUCAAAUUUUGUGAAAAUAUCUGUGGCAUACAAAUUGGGGAAGAAAAUUUACUUAACAUGCAGGGAAUAUCUACAGCUAACAUUCAACAAAAAGCGCGACUGUUUUCGAUUGAAUCGAAAUAUUUCUUUCAACCUCAACACCCCCUGUUUCGCGAGUGAGAAGAAAACAAAUGUUCACAAAAAAUUAAUUCAUUAAUGGUGGUCUAUCUAUACUAUCAGUUCGUGACAUCUACUCUGGACACCCAGUGUAUGCAUUUCAAGGAUCUUCAUCUAAUUAUAAGUUUUUCUUUUUGUACGGUCGAAAAUAGUAUUUUAUAUUGUUUUGAUUUUCGUUAAUAGUCAAAAGUCUGUUCAUUAUUUUGUGAAUCACGAAGGAAUCUCGGAAUCAAAUCUUUAUGAGACGUGUUUCGGUAGGAAAUGUUUGAAUAGGAAACAAGAACGUAUUCAGUCUUAUUCCUACAUGUCAUAACGGCAUGCAAAAGUGAUGCGAUUAGGUUAUGGUUACAAAAUGGCGUAUGCGUCGGUUCGGGUUGAACGAUGAUUCCCAUUGUUAUAAGCCAGUAUUAGGGAUAGGAUUCAAGUCCGUUCCUUUUUUUAUUUUAUAUUUUUUCGAUGAACUCCCCGUUUCAUUUCAAAUAUUCAUUGAAUUCAGUCUCGAAAAUUGUCUAAAUAAAACAUAUUAUUGAAAAAGCUCUCAUUCCCUUUGAUCUCAAAAUGAAUCCAGAGAAAAAAAUGUAAAUAAAAGUAUCAUUUAACAUAACAAAGUGUUCUAAUUCACGAAGAUAUAUAAAAUAAAACUUUAAAACAUAUAUCGCAAAAUACUUUUGUUAUCAGGAUGCCUUUCUGAGUUAGGCCAUAUUUAGGACAUUUGAUACACAUACACCUGCAUCAGGAGUCUUUAAGGCGGAAACAGACUGCUAUCACGUCACGUGAGCUUACGUGUUAUCAUGGGUAGUCAUGUCACAUCACGUCAAAAAAGUGUAGUUCAAAGUUAGUACAUCUACAUGUAUUUUAAUGAAUUAACAACUGUCUAGAGCCACACUGAUUGUACCAUUGCUCUUUUAAGCAUGAUUUCACUUCAAAUUCAAAAGAUUCCGAACAUGAUAUGACAUGAGCUCACGUGACGUCUGUUUCCGUUUUACCAGUUAUAUUCAUAUCCAAAGUGAUAGUUGAAAAUUCUCAUCAUGAACUCUGUUCAACACAUGAAUAACUAGAAUAUUCAUUGAUUCAGAAAUUGUCUUUUCAUUUAGUUAUGGAUUUUUCGAAUGAAAGUUACCAUCCAAAGACAAAAUUUGAAAAUAAAAAAACAUUAUUUUUCAUUUCAAUAAUUUUCUUCAUUAUACACAUUCCUCAUAAGAUAACGCACAUAUCUGUCAAGUUUUUUCUUUCAGUCGCAAUAUUUGUGAGAAAAAAUAUGUGUAUGGAUAUAGGUAUAUUCUCACAAAUUCAAGAUAUGAAAUAGAUAAAAUCCAGUUUAUUCUAACAUUUCUUCAUUUUAUAUCUAGAGGAAAAUGUUUUGUGGAACCAAAUACAAUAACUGUAUUUUCUUAUGGACGUGGUAGGUGUUUAAACAGGAAUUUUGAAUUUCUGUACUGCAAUUAGGUAUAUCAUUUCAAGAAUAUUAAUAUGUAAUUGAAGUCUGAUCUCAGGGGACCUUUCUGAUCAUUUUCUAGAAUAGUUCCCAUAAAAACUGAAAUUUAAAUUAUGUAUUUUUUGACAAGAAAGCAUCCAAAUAUUUGUCUUAUAUUGAAAAAUUCAAUUUGUAUGUGUAUGUUUUUUCAAUACUGCAAAUGAAAUUAAUCAUAAUGAUUUGUAAACGAAAAUUGGGUCGUAUUUAAAUCAUCUUUGAAAAGAGAGUACUAUCUGCAUCCUCUCAAUCAAAAAUUAUGCUGAUUUUCAGUUCAGACUAUUAUAGAUUGAAAUUUUACAAAUAUCGUUGUUUUCCUCAAUGGCAAUACUAACACUUCUGAUAGGAUAUAAAUAUAGUCUAUUCAACCAAAAAACUAAAGUUUCCUUUUACUGGAAACGUUAUAUAUUUCAAUCAACCAUUACACAAGUACUUCACUAACAAAAAAAAUAAUACAAAGUUGAGUUAAAUUCGAGUACGGGUGCUGUCAGAAUUAUUCACCAUUAUAUUUCAUGAAAUUUUUCUCAUGACAAUGAGAAUCUCUAACACCAAAUAAAGGCUUAUGCUGCAUGGUAUUUCGUGUAUAUGGAAUAUUACUAAUAAUCAUAUAAAUUGAUAUAAAUUACUUAAAGUAAUAAUGUAAUAAUCAAAGUAACUAUAAAAUCAGUACCCAAGUCAAUUUAUGUAGCAAACAUAAUAUAGAAUCUUUCUUCCAUAGAUAUCUUUUUAUAAAUUGGUAACAUAUAAAUGUAAUCAAUAUUAUACCUAUUCAAUCGGAUGUGAUGACUUGAGAAAUUAAAAAAAUUGAAUAAAA